GCGUAAUUUGUUUUUACUGCUGACCAAACCUUGUCAACAAGAUUUCACAACCCUCGGGAACGCUCUCUUUUAGGUUUUCUUUUUUGUUUGCAUGUCUUUCGCAGGAGGACCCAGCGCAUCGAAAUGCUGUCCCUCGAGGGUCGUCUCCCGUUUCUUGCUAUGAUCAUUCUGCUCGUGCUGUCCGCCAUACCCGCGUCACACCAUGCCACGGCGACAGCGAUACCUAUAGCACCCGCGAAUCCCCGCGCUGGGUUUAUCAACCCUUCCGUAACCCUGCCCUUGACGAGACGACAAUUCGGUGGAAACGGGUCACUGGAAACACCUACUGUUGUCUUGCCUGCUGCUAUACCUCCUUCUACCCCUUCGCCCUCCGGUCCCCCCAACAACAACAACCCGAAUCAGAACAGCACUCCACGCCUCUCAGCCGCCUUGAUUCUGAUACCGAUCAGUAUCUUCUUUGGAAUCAUCAUAACAGUUGUGGCUGUCCGCCUAUCCUGGAGAUGGCUCAGUAUUUUCAAUCGACCUAUCGUGACGCACAGCAAGCCAGUCGAAAUCGUGUACUCAGGCCCUGGGGGCCUGAUACAGCAUGAAGUAUUGCAAGUUGAGAGUGAUCGCAGACCAGGUCGGCUACCCCCGAGAGUAAUCCCCAGACACACCACAACAGAGAGUUUGGCAACGGUUUACACGGAUUCACCUCCUCGGUAUUCAACGGAUGCGCUAACCGCCAAUGCAGGACAAAUGGGAGUGGAUCGAUGAAGGGAAAACUGUCCCCUCACGGGGGGCGCACAUUACACUGUAUACACUUUUUAUUAUUAUCAUGUUCACGUAGUUAUUUGUAACUCUGUUGAUUAAUACUGUUACCCUGUGAUGAUUACC